UAUCAAAUAUACGAAAUGAAUCCUGUAUGCAAGAUAGACAUGGCCUGUCGUGAGUGCCAGGAUUGGAUGACGGAGGUGUGCGCCCACUGCAGCAGCCUGCUGCCGGAUGCGGAGGAGACAGACCUUUGGGACGCUUGGUGGCCGGACGAACCUCCAUCGCCCUACAAGUCCGUGAUCAACUAUAUGUCCGCCUUCGACUGCCACAAGCUGCGGCGGGAGGUGGGUCGUAUGGUGGAAGAGUCGUUAGCGUCAACUUCCGAAUCAGAUCCUAUUUGGACACCCUACAGAAUCCUUAGCUACAUUUUACUGGCCACAGUAUUGUGCGUUGCUCUUAUCCUGAUGAUGUGCGUAGUGUGGAUACUAGUGGUUACCUUCCGGCAAACUCAGGCUCCGCCUUGUCGGCAAUGUUCUCAGUCGAGGACAAUUCAAUGCAAGAAGUCGUCGUCAGAAGUAUCAAUACUGCGUAAUCCGAUAAAGCGUGCCUAUCCUGGGGAGUCCGCUUCUAGGAGUCCCUGUGGACUCUAUAUAGCGGGCAGCUGCAACCUGUACAAUCAGGACAACAUCUCGGGAACGUCAUAUCGUAGGCAAGAGCAGCGUAAUAUAAGAUGGAAAGCAGAUAAUUUUUGACGGUAGAGCAAGGAAGAGUCCAGAGGGCUGCUAAGCAUUUUAAACUAGCGGAAAAAUAAAGCAGGAGAAACGUGAAAAAGCACAGCAAAAAACACCAACAAAUUCGAAAACUGUCGUAGCUGUGCUCAAUCGGGGAGAAGAUUUAUGAAAUGUGUUCCGUUCCGCCCCGAUUUGCUCCCUUUUUGUUCGUCGAUUUUUUUUGUUGGUCUUUGGUCUUGUUUGGUUUCUUGUUUCGUUUUGCAAACGGGGAAGAGAAAGUCGAGCCAAAAGAGUGCAAGCGGCAAACACACAAAAACAAAUAAAUAUUCAAGCAGAUUUACAGUGGACCUAACAUAUUAUUUGUUCUUUCUAUAAUCA